AUGCAUGAGAUUAAAUCCGUAUUUCGGACACUAAUAGCCAAACUGUGCCGUAAAAAGUGGUCUUUCAUUGAGACGACGAGUAAAACGACUUUUAGUGAACGUCGAGGAGAGCAGAGGCGGCCACUCCUACCACUGGUUCACUCCAAUAACGGCGAGACCACAGCUGCCAACACAGGUAUGCUUAACAUUAACGAGUCGGCAGAAGAGUCCCAAACAACCAACGGAUCCGUUCAGGGACUCCAUUCCCGCAAUGACUACUACAAACUGCCGGUCGUUGUCGACGCCUCCACUAAAGGCAUUGCUCUCAUCACCUCUGAUGGCAAGUCCGACGGAUCCCUGCAAGAGAUGGUCUGGAGUGCUGUUCCCGUCACGACUGUAAAUACGGCCGAUUUAGUGGCCAACGCGACCAUUAUUACCACCACUUCACCCAACGGAUCCUCACCCGCAAGACAUUCAGAUGAAGAACAUUUGGGACACUCGAGUCCUGUCAACGGAAAUAUUUCGCCACAAAGACAUUCGCCUCACGAAACGAGACAACUAAUUGUCUCUUCUUCUGGUGCUAUCUUAACCAAUGGUGACUCAAAUGCACAGACAAUAGUAGUGACGGCGGGAGACAAUCAUCAUCACAAUAAUACAUCAGUAUUGCAUCACAACGAGGUUCACAUCAAGUCUGAGCCAUUGGACCCGUUACCACCUGUGGCCUCACCCGUCCAGAUGGUGGACGUGAUCGCCAGCGGAGUUGACCGCAAUCGGGAUUUAGAACCGUCACCGCCAGCGACGGUCAUAUCGUUAGCACCGGCGCAACCCUAUCAACCGGGAACUACUCAACUGACAUUUGCAGCGCCCACUUAUGAUAUCGCAACAACGGGACAGUACACCGUACAGGUGAAUACAGGUGUGUCCUCUCAAUACGCAACCGUCACUCCGGCCGCCAAUGCCUGUACUAAUGGCGGGACCGUAUACUUGACCACAGCUGACUAUAUCACAUACAGGGACUAUUACCCGACCACUUCCACCACCACAUCAGUCAAUACCAGUGAUCAAUACCAAACAGUGCGCCAACACCUGAGCACAACCCCAACCGCCACAUACACCACAACCACCGACACAGAGACCACAUCAUUCCUGGACAGAUAUCUGCGGCAACAACCGGCCUCUUCCAGUGCUAAUGGCGCACAAACUUAUAAGGCAACCAUUCAUGGCCUCACUGUUGACCUGCCAUCACCUGACAGUGGCAUUGGAGACACCACUAUCACUCCCAGACAGGAGAAUGGCACUCUGCCCCAGACGGAAAGCUUUACAUAUAAACUACUCUAA